AUGGCUGGUUUGCCACCAGGUAAGUCAGCUUAUCCUAAUGUAAUUUUUUUUUUCUUCUUACUAGAUAUGGUCAGGUUAUAGUUUCCAAACAGUGUGGUUGCUUGAAAUACAUGGAAUCUAUAUCUCUAUCCAUGCCUUUCAAGCAACCACGCUAUUCAGAAAGUAUAGAUAUCUUUGCUGGUUGGUGUUAUCGGAUGGAAUCUUGGAUCCUCUCGUAUUCCUGUCUUUGUAUAUUUUAGGUGUGCCACCACCCGUUGGACCCCGUCCUGGAAUGCCAUCUGUAACGCAGUCACAGCCUUUAUCUACCCCAGGUGUUGGCAGACUUUCCGCUCCCAGUACAUCGGCACCAGUCAUGCAGCCUGUGCCAAAACCACUUUUCCCCAGUGCUGGGCAGGUAAGAGCUACUGUGCAAUCCAAUUGGGUAGAUGGUUAAAUAUGGGAAUAGUCUGUGCUUUCUUGUUGCCUCAACACAGAUUGGAGCAACAUGUUUAACAAUAAUAAAAAAUAAAUAAAAAAAAGUGCAGCUAAACAUGGUCUGUUAGGAACCCUUUCAAAAUGUUAAUUUCUAAGUCCGUUUGAAAGGCCAGUGAUAUUCAGAAUACACAACUGCUCCAUAAAUAGUCACAUUUUCAGAAUAAUAGACAUAAGAUCUGUCGAUAGAACAAGGAAUGAAGAUUCCUGAGUGUUGGGCCCUCAACUUUCAGCAACUAUAUCUGAUAUCCUAGCAGGAGCUUCUAGCUCUCCAUACUGGAAGAGGAAGGUUAUAAAUAAGCAAAAAAAAAAAUACUUUUUCAAAAGGUUUGACUAAUUCCAUAACCUGUGCAGUGGUUUGAGUAUUCCUUUAAAAACUAUAGUAUAUGUAAAUGAAACACAACACUGCUUCUUCAAACCUGUUCAGUAUCAUUGAUUGAAAUGUGGGUUUUUUUUUUUUUUGCCUUUAAAUUUAGUCUUAACAAUGUCUUCACUCUCACCAUUGAUCUAGUCCAGUCAGCAUUAUUGAUGUGUAUAUAACAUGGUUGCUCAUAAGGUCACUUAUAAACUGCUGAUAGGCCUGUCACUCCAUUCUACAGUUUUUUUUUGUUUGUUUUUUUUUACUUUAAGGAUACAUCAUAACCUAUGGAUGUGUAAUUUUUGCUUUAUCCAUGUUGCUGGAGAGUGAUCUAACUCCCCAUAGACUCAUGCUGCCAUAAACCUUUCAGUGAGCUAUAGUUAUGCUUGGAGUGCCCCUUUAAAUCAAUGAAUUGAAUGCUUCAAUGUUUUCACACUUUUCAUUGUCCGAGAAUAGUACCACAAGACCGUCUAACGUUGAAAUUAGAAGUCGCACACAACGUGUUUUUUUUUUAAAUUCUAGUUGUAAGCAUGUCUGCAGUGUUUUUAUUGUAGUCUAAUAGCUUUUUGGUUGUGUGCUGAAUUAAGUGCUUCAUUUUCCUGCUGAACAAGGGUUUCAUAUAGUUUUUAUUUUUUCCUACCGAAAAUAUCACUCCUGUUCUUUAGAUAAAGUCCAGAUAGUCUCCUCACUGCUUCCUCUCUUUGUGCUGCAGAUGGGAUCACAGGUCACAAGCUCCAGUACAACGUCCUCCAAUUCAGAAAGUCUGUCUGCGCCUCCUAAAGCGCUGUUCCCUAGCACAGCACAAGUAUGCAGGAAAUUACACUAUUAAGACUUGCUUCAUGAGUUAACCCUUUGGGAAAUAAAGCUUAAAAUUGACACGACUUUCAAAUGAACAAAAUGAGUUUUGGAAAGAAAACAAUUGUGAAUUGGAAAAACAAAACUGAAGAAAAGCACCUUGCUUCCUAAACCUUGAAGGGUUAACUUGUGCAAUUGGCAAUGCAUAUGAGUGGGCGGAUAUUGGUGUAAUGCAUGAUUUUUAGUGUUUUCAUCCAUAUGCCUAAUCCUAUAGCGUGUGUGUAUAUAUAAUAAAACAUUCUCAUGAAAUUGCCAGACAUAUCAGAUAAACACAUUUGCCAUUAACCCUGUGGCUGUGUGCUUACUACUUCAGCACCAAGAGGGUUAAACACAUGACCAAUGUGACUGUCUUGCUAUGGAGUGCUGUCCAACAAGUGCUAGACACCCACAGCUUGGCCACUGCAGUAUUGUCAUUUCAUUGGAAGAGAGGAUUGGAAAGCUCAAUUGUACCCUGUUGCUUUUCCUCCUCCCUUUUAGUGUCAGUUUUUAUCCUGUGUGCAGAAGUGGGCCCCUGUUUGCUUUAGAUGUUUUUGCUUCUGCUGUUCUGCAGUGUCUUCUUUCCAAAGCAUUUCACACAGUGACACUUAUCAUUGUGUCUUUAAACAUGCUAGGCUCCAGCAGCAGUGGCAGGACCAGUCGGAACAGAUUUCAAACCCUUGAGCAGUGCGCCUGUUACAACUACAGAACCCCCUAAAGCAACAUUCCCUGCUUACACCCAAUCCACGCUGUCAACCACUAGUACUACAAACAGCACCGCUGCCAAACCUCCUACUUCCAUAACAAGUAAGCCUGCUACCUUGACAACAACUAGUGCAACCAGUAAGUUGAUCCAUCCAGAUGAGGAUAUAUCACUGGUAAGUGCUCUUGUCUCUUGUGUGCUUUUUGAUUCUUUCCUGUUGAAACUGACAAUUGGCUGUGAGUAGCAGAAUAAUCCAAGCUGGGGUUAAUCGUGUGCAUUAAUUGAAAGCAAAGGAUUUUCAUUUGUUAAACUUGUACAUUCAGCAGAUUAAUAAAGUGUACCAAUUUUCAUUUGUGUGUGUAAAAAAAAUAAAUAAAAAAUAAAUAAAUACUUGUUUAAAUAAAUGGAGUGUGUAUAGGAUGUAUUCAACCAUUUCCUUUUAAAGCUCGUGUAAGCGUAGUUUAUUUGGUUUAUACUUUAAUGCUGAAGCACUAAAUUUAUAUAUAUUUGUUUUUUUUUUGUUUUUUUCCUUGCACACAUAGGAAGAAAAACGGGCCCAACACCCUAAAUACCAGCGUAACCUACCAAGGCCUGGCCAGGCUCCUUUAAGCAAUAUGGGUAAUCAAGGUGUUGGCCCUAUGGGAGCAAUGAUGGCUCCACAACCUGGACUCCCUCCCCAGCAGCCGGGUAUGAGGCAUCCCAUGCCACCUCAUGGUUAGUAUUGUGCUGACCAGUUUUUGGAAAUGAGAAUGUCUAAUGUUGUGUACUGCAUUGAAUUGGUGGUGUGUGUGUCUGCAAAAAGUGUUUGCUUUGCCAUUGCUAUUGCAUUUGUUAAUCCUCUUCCUGUAUUUAUUUGUCUUUGACUUAAUGCUGAAUUUAGUGAUUGUGUACCUGCUAUUUGAUUUUAUUUCCCCCCUCAUGUGUUAAUUGUGGUAUCUAUGAUUGCGUUCAUGGAAUUCUCCAACUCCUUAUCUAGAGAGUAUGCCAUAAGACUGUUCCUCCUGUAUGCAGUUUACAUGCUCAUACCAGUAUGUGGUGGUUUUUAUAAUUUUUUUUUUAUUUUUUUUUUUCUCCUAGGUCAGUAUGGCAGCCCACACCAAGGCAUGCCUGCAUAUCACCCAGCUGGAAUACCGCCCUAUGGGCAAGGUCCCCCCAUGGUCCCACAGUACCAAGGAGGACCUCCUCGGCCUCUGAUGGGAAUCAGACCUCCUGUAAUGUCUCAAGGUGGCCGCUAUUAAAUAGGUUUGGAGAUUAAACCUUUUCUCAUCUUGUGCUGUGUAUAUAGCCAGCUUCCCUGUGGCUAACACCAUAUCUCCCCGCAGACCAGGAACUGUUGGACAUUUUGUUUUACUUGGGGAGGGCUAUUUUUAUUUGAGGGGAGGGGUUGGCGGAACUUAAAACAGGAGAUAUUCCUGAUAUUGCAAUUUAUACUGUAUGGCUUUUUUUCAUGUUUCAUCUAGGUUUUUAGAAGUGGCGUAUAGUAAAUAUGGUUCGUUUAAUUGUGAAGGCGCCAAAUCCCACCUUUAAAGGCAAGUUCUGUGAUGUUCCAUUUGGUCUUUAAACAUGAAGCCCUCACAGCACCUUCAUGGUGCUGUUGGAUUUUCGUCCCCAACGUUGGUUGGUGAGGGCACUUUCUGUUCCAACCCAAGUGUGAUUGUAUUUACAUUUUCCAUUUAUGACCCCGAUCUGUAAUGUGAGACCCUCAUUAUGUAAUAAAGUAAGAGAAAACCUUCUGCCUUUUUAUUCAUUCCCAGCUCUGGAGCAAUUAAGGUUUGAACAGAUGCAUGCCACUUGAACGUCUAAUGCCCUGUAUUUGUAUUCAAGAAUUACUCAAUUGCAUGAUCAUCCUGUACAAAUAUUAAUAUUUUUGAACUUUUGGUAGAAAUCCUGACCACUGACUUGGCCAACUUUGCUCCUAGAGAUAUUAACUUGUUAUUCCUCUUACAGGAUUACACUUUCUAACCACUGCAGAAUGAUGUAGUAGUUUGCCUAGAGUGGCCUAGUUUAAUAUCAAACAUUUUGUGGCCAAUAACAAGAACCACUGUUUAUAUCAAAUUAGCUGUAGUGGUUCUGUUGCUUAGUAUUCUUAUACUAGUGCACACAUGCCCCACAUUUUUUGAUUAUAUAAUGGUUAUCUGACUUAGACUUUCAGGUUUUUAUUAUUUUUAUUUUUUUAUUAGUGGCCGUUCAUUUGGUAUUAAUAUUUGUACAGGUUUAAUUACAUGAGAUAAAUAGGUUCCUCUGUUUCACCAAUAAACAUUGAUUUAAAGCCGUAACAAAAAGAAUGGUAUAAACGUAUAAAUUCUCUUAUUAGACGUUAAUGUGUUCCGCGUAUAGACUACAAUGUGCAUGUGUUUAUUACACUUACCAGGAAAUGUUCUAAAAUGUGAAUUUCUCUUCUCCCUAUAGCACUGCCAUAGCACAGGCUGAGGCUGAGUGUUGCCCUGUUCAGUCUGAGGCAAGUGGGAUUUAUUUUACCAAUACCAGGGGUUUUCACAGCUUUAGCUGUUGGAUAUAUAUGUCCCCAAACUUGCAGCAAGUUUGGUGAAAGCCCCUAACCUUUGAUUUAAUGUAGGGACACUUAAGAUUUAAUCAUACCUGAUUGCUGUGUAGAAUCAUCUGAUUGAAGAGACCUGCACCUAAAGUGACAUUGGAGGGAAAUGACAGAAAGAUUGUGUCGUGGUAACUUGCAUGAAUUUAAAUGACCUCUAAUGUGGCUUUUAAAGUACCAUUUUAAAUAAAUUGCCACUUAGCUGGUUUAAAGAAGAAAUGUUUAAUUAUAUAUAUUUUUAUUUAUUUAUUUUACACUCCCACAGAUUGUGCAACUCAGUACUUAACUUAAUCUACAGCUAAUAUAAUCAUAUGUUUGCAUUUUAUUUUGAAUAAAUGCACAUUUAUCAGAUUUAGAAUAUUGUAUUUGUCUUUUAAACCCUUGCUAUUGUGUUUUCUGCUAAAUAUAAAUGCUCUUUUGUUCUGGAUUGAAUGGAAAGAUGUAGCGGGGGAUUAAUUGGCAGUUCCCAGUAAUUUGCUAAUAAUUUUUCAAUACUUCAGUCUUUGUCUGUCUAAUGUCACUUUAGUUCUCCUAUAGUUCCUUUCUUGCUGCACAAAUUCAUUUGAUACUCUGUCAAGAGAUUAUUGUUCAAGCACAGCAUGUCUGAGUAACUGAUGGGCAACUUAGGCUAUUAAACCUAUAUAUAAGCAAGGAACACAUCCCCACAACUUGGCCACUUUUGUUUUUGCUGUAGAUGUGCUUUUACCGGCUUUCUGUGGCAGUGCUUUCCUUCUCUUUAACACAUUGAAACCCCCUUUAGUUGGUUGUACACUGCAGUCUUUCAGUUUUCUUGUAUAUGUGUUUUUUUUUGACUGAGAGACUGUACAUUGUGUAAAUAAAACCGGUGUUCCUUUAGAGGGAAACAUCCUGAUUAAGCAAUGUAGUAGUCCUGUUCAGACUAGUCUCUGAAACUGGUUAAAGCAAAAUCUUUUCUUUACAUGUGUUUUACCAAGCCUUAUGCCUAUGGCUGUUACAGGGUUUAUAGACCUGUAAUCAAAAUGGGAAUUAAAGCAACAAAUCUACAUAAUUCUAUCUUAAACUAUUAACAUUCAGAGAAUUGCACAUCUUGAAAAAUGUUUUCUGAUAGCUUUUUCUUAAAUCCAUUGAGGCAGUUUGCUCCAGGCAGCCAUGUUAAGACUGCAGUGAACACCGUCUCUCAUUUAACCAUAAAACAAUAUUGAGUUCACAACCCUAUUGUAAAACAAACCGAGGCUGUUUAUGUAAUUCCAAAGAGGUUCUCUGAUCAGUGUUUAUUCAGGCCUACUUAAGUGCUUGGGAUAUUUUUUAUAUAGGGUGUUUUUUGGUUUUUUUGUGGGUUUGCAUUUGGGUCAACAUGUAUACAGUUCAAAGUAGAACACUUACCAGAAGGCCUGCUAGAAGAAUUAAAUCCAACGCUUUUGUGUUUUGUGGCGCUUGUGUAUUAAAGCUUUCCCACUGCCUCUUUAUUACUGAUAUCUUUCAAUUAAAAAAAAUUCCGAUAUCCCUUGUUCAACUGAGUUAUUUUGUAGUGGUUUAUUUUUGUUUUUUCCUUCCUAUUAUUGGGCAUAGCUUUAUGUAUCUUUUUUUUCAAAUGGAAAUUAAAGGAUUACUCCAGGCACCCUCACCACUACAGCCCACUGUAGUGGUUAUAUUGCUGGGAGUACCCUGGUGCCAUUACCAGGAACUAUGGGGGAAAGCCAUUUUGCAACAGUUUGCCUUAUACCUGGAUCCUGCUAGGUGCUAAACCUUGCUCAAUACUGGAGGAACCACACCUUGUUGCUGCAGAAGCCAGAUGUCGAUCCUGGCAGUCAUUUAUUGAGUGAGAAUGUCAGCUGAGAGCUCCCAGCCAAUUAAAAAAAAAAAAAAAUAAAGUAUAAAAAUGUGUUGUGUACUGCAUAUGCACAGAACUGAAAUUAACCAGACCAGAACCUUUGUUCAGAUAUGGCUAGAGAUUUUGCAGAACUUUGAGUUUUACUUCUGGAAGAAAUAUAAAUUAUGUAAGGAUCCUUGCACCAUGACCACUUCAAAACACUGAAUAGGUCAUGUUGCUUACAGUGACCCUUACAACCUGAAGUGAAAUGUAUGGUGGUUGCUGUGUAAGAGGAAAAUGUAUAGGAAAAAAAAAGCUGGCCUUUUACUUAAAUCCUCGUACCUCACACAUCUGUCAACUAAAGUUUCGAGAUGCUUAUUGUUCUGACAUGACAGAGUGAUUUGGUUAGUUAAAUAUUUGAAAUAUUAAGCUUUGACUUAAAGGGACAAUAUAGUCUCCUAAACAACUUUAGCUUUAAGUUGUUUUGGUGUAUAGAUCGUCCUAAAGUCUCACUGCUUACAGGAACACUAUAGGCUCAAGAACACAAACAUGUAUUCCUUACUGUAUAGUAUUAAAACCACCAUCGGACCUCGCCUUGUACCCCUAAAUUUUGUUCAAGCCUGCAGCUGCUGGCUCUGCUCCUGAUUUGCCUGCUUGGCUGACCUCAGAAGUGUUGUUCUGAGCCAAUCACAAUUUCUCAUUGGCUGAGGCAGAUCAGGGGCAGAGCCAAACACAGCAAUGGGCAGUCUCAUCUCCUCACAGAGAUCAAUGCAUAUCUAUAAGGAAAGUUCAGUGUCUCAAUGCAGAGGGGACAUUGAAUGGCAGUGCUGCACACUGCCCCAUGAAGCACCUCUAGUAGCCAUCUGAGGAAUGGCCAGUGGAGUUAUCUCUAGGCUGUAAUGUAUACACUGCAUUUUCUUUGAAAAGACAGUGUUUACUGCUAAAAGCCUGAAGGGAAGGAUUAUACUCACCAGAACAAAUGCAAUAAGCUGUAAUUGUUCUGGUGACUAUGGUGUUCCUUUGAUUCUCUGCCAUUUAGGAGUUGAAUCACGGUUUAUGCAGCACUGGCCACACCACCUUACGUGUGAUUUGCACAGCCUAUAAACACUUUUUGUAAAGUGUGAUCUAAUGUUUACACUUCUUUUAUUGCAAAUUCUGUUUAAUUUAGAAUGGAUCUUCUACUCUGGUAAGUCUGCCAGACCUUGCAGGAGCUUCUGUGUGUGUGAUUUAAAUAUCAAUAUACAGAGCAGAAGAUUUAAAAAAUACUUCUGAUUGAAAAUGAAACCAUUUCUUUCAUGCAUGCAGGGAGGUCUGGCAAGGGCUGCAUAAACAAAGUAAAUUCUCCUGGCAGAGAAUUCAGCAAUGGCACUGGAAGAGCAUGAUCUAUACCAGUGCUCUGCAGCCGGUGUGCCACAGCACUGUGCUUGGUGUGCUGUGAGAGUUGCUGAUAGAAAAGUCGUCAUUAGGAGAUAGAGGCAUGGAGAGCCCAGCGGUCUGCAGCUCAGUUGGGUGCAGACUGAAGUAGCGGUCAACGAGCUCCAGCCAAUUGGUGUUGCUGGUUACCGUGACAACACUGACCCUUCCAGUGCCGGAGCUUGCGAGAACUUAUGACAUGAUCUGCAGCUCUGCACCCAUAGGAACUGCAGACCAGAGAGUUAGCAUACUAGACCUUCAGGGAAUUGAUUGCUUCAUUAAAGAAAAGGUAUUGUGUGGGAGGCUGGGCACACUGUCAGUUCCGUCACAGUCACAAGUCGUGAACAGUUGCUAGGUAACAUCCCCUUUAUGGAAUUUUAAAAAUGGAAAUGUAUCUUGGUGACUCUUAAACUAUUUCUGUGCUGCCAAGCUAUUGACCCACUUGACAGAGCAAACCUCAGGAAAAUAUCUUUAUUUCCACAUACCCACUUGCUUUUGGAGUGUCCCUAUUUGAUAUAUAUGUAUAUUUAAAAAUCGGUUUGGCAACCGUUUUAAUGAGCAACUGUCAUGUUUCUAUUUAGUAUUAUUCAGCACAGUAAAAUUAGAACUUUUGGCUGUGCAAAAAAAAAAUGCAGUUACACACCCAAUAAAUUAACCUUUUUUCUGUCAUACAAUUUCUCAGGUUUUACCUACAUAAGAAACCAGCUGAUCGCACACAAACGAACAAAUAUUGUAUACGCCUAAAUAUUCUCAACUGGUCGGUCCCUUUGAAUCAAAAACAUGAAAUCGGUAUAUGUGAAACGUUAUUACCCUUAAUAGAACUUCUAAUAUUUCCUAAAGACAUAUAUGGUCUUUAAAUACUGCUUCAUGAGCUAGCAUCAACCCAAAUCUUCAUAGCUCGACCUUUGGAAGGUACAUUACAUGAAAGGUGUGGUUUGAAAUACUCACACAGUGGAAAAUGCAUAUUAAAACCCCAAAAGGCAUUCCCUUAAUGCUAAGCUAGGCAGUGAAUACGUCCUCCUUGUUACAUAUGCUGGCUGCUCAGAUUUGCACAAAUAUUGACUUCAUGUGCACAUUAAGUCUGCGUUCUCGAAUUCGCCAUGGGUGUUCAGUUUCUCUAUUAAUUUUUUUUUUAUUUUUUUCUGGAUGUGUUUUGUCAGAUUAUUAAAAAAAAUUUUGGGGCCAUCUUGGAAACUCAGAAGAUACUCUCAAAUUUAUUUUGUAGAGUGUAAAUUUAACUGGUUAAUCCAAGAAAGGGGUGGAUAUCCGAGGAUGGAUUGGGCACCAGCCUUGAACUCUUGUUCCAGGCUGGCUAAUAACCAGGUAGAGGUGGAGUUACAUUCUAGCAACAGUGGGGUUAUACUCUGGAUAGGCAGUGCAUCAUGGCAAAACGCUGCACAUAAACACUCCAGACGCCGUAGCUUCUUUAAAUUACUGAAAUGGUUAUGGUGUUUGGAGUAACCUUUUAAGUCUAUUCUUAAAUCAGGUGAAGGUGCUAAAUCCAUUCUAUCUUAGUAGAUUUGUAAGUUGGUUUAUCUGUUUAGCAUGAAGAAAUGGCAAAAUGUUUUUUGUUUAGUAAAGUGUUUGCAAAAUUUGAAAUUAACAGUCCAAUCACAAAGACACUAUCGUGGAAUUUUGCCUCCCAUCCCCCCCACCAAAAUCUGGUUGACAAGGGGUUAGAUAAAAAACCAUGGAGAAGGGGGUGGUUUGGGGUCUGUAUUCCUAUUUUGGCAACAAAAUGAAUUGCAUAAUAAGUCCAAUGUUGAUACAUUUGUUCAUAUUUACAUACACAAUGGUGUUGUCUGCGUUUAAAAAAAUAAAUAUUUUUUUUUAUCUGAAAUGUAAACCACAAAAUGGUUUUAUUAAAAUGUUCCUUUAUCAUUAUAUUACUGGGCUCUUGUUAAAAUAUAAAAACUUAAAUUUGGAAGUCGUUACUGUAACACUUUUCUUUUCCCUCCCCUUUACUUUUCUUUUAACUUUAGUUUUACUCCAGUCACCAAGGCCAUUUUAUAUCUACAAAGUGGUCUUCGUGCAGUGGUCCUUUCCUGAAAACUUUUAUAUGGCAAAUGAGUGUGGGGGAAGGGAAAUAAGUGUUAGGAAUACAAUCCUGCCCUGUUAUAUAUGUUCACCCCAUUUUUUUUUGUGAGAAGUCCUGUAAAAAAAAAAAAAAAGUUUGUAAACUUAUUCUCUUGUCAAAACUCACCUUGUUUCCAAAGACUCCACGCUUCAUCCGUCACUGUAGCCCUCUUGUGAUCCAAUCAAAUGCUCUCUGACAUCCACUAGUAGACGAGAAGUUUGCAAAAUAUAAAUAGUUUCUCAGAAAGGCACUGCGUACAGUAGCAACGUUAAAGGCGCAGCAUCUAGGGUACAAAAUAUUUAUUUUUUUAAAAUUUUUGUGCAAGAGUACACCAGAGGUCUACAAAGGAUUCAACAAAACCGUACUGUCUUCCACCGAUGUACUGACCUGCAAUGAAAUUAACUUCACUACUACAAGUAUGCUGUUGAGUAACUGAGUGAGGGGUAUAGGUUUCUGUGUUUGCAUUACGUUUGUACAUUGAAAUCUAUAUAGAAGUCCACAAUAUACCAGUUUUAUCACCGCCUUCCAACCAAUACCACUGUUGCACUCCAUCCACCAGACAUUUAGCCACAACUAGCUGACAAUACAUAGAACAUGUCCACUGUCCUUGGAUCAGUAAUCUGGAAAAUUUACAUUGAAACUCAGUUGAACCUGGGACAUGCGUGAAGUACUUCUAACAGAAUGAAGGGAAAUUCAUAUAGACUCGGAUCCAGAUAUCCAAAAAUCUAAAUAAAUGAAAUCCAAUUGGUUUGUUUAUAUGUGGUUGUCUACAAAAGUUUGUUACUGUCCUAGCUUGUUUUGUUCUGCAAUGUAAAAGAAAACAUGCGCAUUUGCUAUCUUAGUUUGUUGUUUGGCAGUUUUUCAUAAAUACCAGGUAGGAAUUUUAAAUUACAAGGUGUGUUUGGGACAGUGUUUGUUUUUUUUCUAAGUGUUUAUAUUGGGUUUAGAUUAUGUUAAGUGCAUACUUUACACCUUGGUUAAUACAAUUUAUGUUUCUGUUAACUAGCAAACAGCAUUUCAGCUACUUAUUGGUAGAGAAGAGUACGCACAGCACUGCCAGUACAGGUUAGUUUAUAAGCAGUAAGUACUCAAUGUUCCUACUUCAAUUCUGUCAUUUCUAACUUGAGUUCCAAAUCAACAUGUUAAAAUGACAACGGUGAGGGCCAGAGUCUCUGAAAUCCUACCAUAUAAUCUGUAAAGUUCUCUAAAUCAACAUUAAGUGUUUGUACAUUAACUGAUUCAAUUUAUUCCUAUUUGUGCAAGGAAUUAGAAAUUGGGCAGCCGUGCAUGUCUUAGGGCUUUUAAUGUGCUACUGUUGGCUAAAAUGUUCAGUGCAGCAUGGCAAUUCACAUUUAUUUUGUCACAUUAGGGACUUUUUUAUUUCUAGAUAUUGAUCUAACCUGCAGCGACUACACGAUAUAUAGGCUUUUAUGUUACGAUACACAACGUGAACAUUCUAACACCAAGCUAUGUUAAUGUUCCAGCCAUGCUGGGUAUUCAGUUUGUCUUAAUGGUGUAAUUUCUCACAAACAUGUUCUUAAAAAUGCAGAAAGUCCAGUAUAAUAGUGUAAAAUUAUGUUAACGACUAACGAAGGAUUUUUUUUUUUUUUUUCAACAUCUAGUCUGUUUUUUCCCCAAAACUCUGUGAGCAGGUUUUUUUCAGGAAAUGGAAAUAAAACAUCUACUUCACCCUUAGCAGUGGGAUAAAAUCCAAACAAAACAACUAAUGAGCUAUUCUAAAACAUGGAUUUAUGGUAAAGGAAUAGACUAUAAAUGCAGAGACUCAAUGAACUUCUAUUGAGGGUUCUUACAUGCAGUGAAGUAUUAAAUUAGCGCCAUUCAACUGCAGGAUAGUUUGUAGAAAAGCAUGCACUUCACAAAGUUUUGCCAUUCUCUUUUCCCUUGUAUCAAAAAGCUAUGUUUUAUGCUUAAUUUAGCAAUUUAUCUGGUUUAACAGUUUGAUUUUAUUCUCCUAAAGUGAUAUUUACAUCCUGGCUUUUUUGUAUGGGAGUUAAAAAAAUAAAAAAUCCCAACGUCUGUAUAUCUGAACUUCCUUUACUCACUAGGUAAGAAAAGCUUAACAUUUUUCUACCGGGGCUGCAUGGAGAAGGAAAGGAGCCCUGGGGAGAUUGUAUGUUACCAGAGAAAGGUCAGUCUCUGGAACUCCAGCUGCUUUGCAACAACGUCCAGGAAUAAUUGAUGUCAUGUGAAAUAAGCAUGUGUUAUGGGACAAAAAAUGCCGUUUUGCGGGGAUGGAGACCACCAUAAAACCACCUUCUGUGGCUUUUCGAUUUCUUCAGAUCCUUCAAUGGCAUUGUUUGCCCUCACUGUUUAUCAACGUCUGUUGACGGGAAUAAAUCUUUACUGUACUCCUAUAUCUUCCUCUAAUCUGUAUAGAAGACGGAAAACUCUUUUAUAGUAUACUUGCAUCCUGUUAAGUGUUUGUGCAGUUAUGUCAUCUUGAUGUGUUUGAAUGUUUAAAAGAAAACUGUGAGUCUAUUCUGAAGGCAGAUUAAGAUAGCAUUCAGUGCAGUGGAAUUGGCACUGAUGGUGAGUACCUUACACAUGUUAUAAAACGUGUGUGUGCACUUUUGUUUUUUAUCACAGCCUGCUUGGUUAUGGUUUCAUACGAUUCCUACCCUAAAGUUCUAAGCAACUAAAAGGAACUGUGUGGGCACCAUAACAAUUAAGACUGUUUGGGGGGGGGGGAGGGUAAAAAAGUGCCAGGGAUCUUUAUUUUGAUUAACACCAAAGGUUGCUCUCCAGCAACAGAUCUCCCUGUCCCUAGUGGCAUCCAGUUUCCUCAAUGCAGCUGAAUCUCUUAGCCAAUCACUACCUUUUUUGUGAAUUGGGAGUUACUGAUUGGCUAACAGCCAGCACAGUCAGCUGAAGCGCUGCCUCUGUGCAUCUUCAAACUACAUUGGAGAAACCCUGGGGACAGGGAGAUCUGGUGUUGGAGAGAAACUUUUGUGGUUGAAUCAUUCAAUUGUUGUUUAAUCCCUUCAGGUAAGAAAGCACCAGGGACCUCUGGGCACCAUAACUUAUUUUGAUUAACUUCUGUCUUUAGUGUUCUAUUGCUGUCCAUAGUUUUGAGGCAAACUGGACUUUGCUGGCCAGCAUUGAUGGCGCACUGGGCUAAGCAGUCCUUGUUUAUAUCAAACCAUUUUUUAAUGAUUUAGCAAACUGGGGUAUGGCACUAGGAAAGCAAAGUGUAUUUCUUUUGUUGCUUAGUGCAACCUUCAGCCAGUUAUUGCAGGUUAGAUUGCCCAUGCACCAUGUGUGGUUCCCUCCAGCUAGUGUAAAGUGGCUUCAGUAUCAGGCAUUUUUUUUUUAAUGUAAAUGUAGUCAUUUCAGUACACUGUAUGUUCAAACCUUGUGCACUGAAAUAAUUAAUAUAAAUGGGUUUGGAACAGUACACUUUAGGUGGCGCAUCCUGUGCAGCUGUUACAUUUUUGUGUAUGUUUCAGCAGCAGAAUAGCAUCUUUCUAAUUCUGUAACGACUUCUGGCAUUUCAGAUAGAUUUCUCAAUGGGAUUAAGAGACUUGGUGUUCUGCUGUGGCUUUUUAUCUGCUAGAAUAUAUUUAGGUGGAUGACCUUCAGGAUGACCUCUUCUGUCAAGGUAACCUAUCACUGCUACGAUUGCAAGUCAAUGAUAUUACAUAAUUGUUGCAAUGUGCAUUUUAAGUGCAAAUCUUGGAAGGAACUGAAAUACAUGUGUUUAAGGAUUUGUAUCUUCAGAAUAAUAUGCAAAAAAUAUUUUCCAGUAAUUGCAAAAAAUCGAAGCAGGGGUGCUCAAUUGACUUCAUCAUUUGAGUUUAUUGGAUCCCAUUAUAUGGUGAUGUGCUAUAUCAUUUGUUUUGGUAGUAACCAAAUCUCUAACAUAGUAUGCCAGUAGACAACUUUAGUUCUGUAGAAUUCAUAAGUAGUCACAAUUAGCCAUUUUUCUUUCCUCUCCCUAAUAAAUCAACUCAAAAGCUGAUAUAUGGGAUCCUUGGUCAUGUGUAUACUGGAAAAUAAAAAAUCAGGUCUAUUUUCAAAAUGCUAGAAAAGCACGGUUUUGUUUAUUAAUUUGAAUAAUUCUUUCAAAGAUUUGAGAGAUAUGGAAGGUUGUGGUAAGGCAAUCUUCUCACUUCGAUUUUCCUCAUAUCCUCAGCCCUCCUGAGGGCUGUCUCAAUCCAUGAGAGCACUUACCAAAAUUAAUGCAUGCGUACCAUCUUCACUUUGUUUUCAGUCAACUGUAACAUUUGUAGGGUCACUGAUGGAGAUUGUCGCAAGCAUGUUGCUUUUGGGCCAUACUUUUCCAUCUAGGUGCAGCAUCAUUUUCACUAGAUCACUCUUGGCUACUAUGCCUCUGGUAAGUUGCUGACUUGUAUCUUGUGGAGGUUCCUUCUAUAUCCUGACAGUUGUGCAUUGAAACGGUGGUUGCCUCCAAACCUGUAUUUGCUUUUUGUCCUUGAAGACUACUUAAAAGAAGUAAUCACUGUAAGAUUGAGUAACUAAUAUUUCAUUUACAGAUAACCAUUUUCCUCUGCGAAAUAUGUCUGAGUGACCGAAUAUAAAUAUUUCAAUUGGUUGAAUUGUCUUUCAUGUUAGAAAGUAGUCACUGUAAAAGAAAAGGGCUGGAAAGCAUCAUAUAACUUGUUCUAUAACUGUCUGGCAAUUCACCAGUGCUGGUCUAAAGUAUAAAUUAUUUGGUUUACCCAACAUUUUAAAUCUGACCUCAGAUUCUUCCUGCUGAACCUCUUCAACUAGUUGCAUCCUUUGUGUUAUAUUACUUGAUUUUGGAAAAGGUUUAAAUCUUUAGCAUUGUUUCCUCUAAGUUAAAACAGGAACACUGAAAUUCUUAAAGAAUGUGGUCCUUCAAAACGGCAGUAUACACUGGAACAUGAUUUCCUAAAUUAAACCUUAGACAAUGAAUCUUAUACCUGACUUAAUGCUAUACUGCUCACCCUCCCCUGCAGAGUGUAAAAUGUUUGAUUUAAAAUCUCCUAACGCCCUUAAAACUUGUCACUUACUACAGAUAAGUGGUCAGUGUAAACAAAUUAUUGGAGUGUAGCAUUGUUAUCUGUAGGGCACAAGAUGAAACCCUUACAAUAUUUUAAUGUUUUUCCAUGAAAGCAUUAAUUUCAGUUAAUUUUAUAAAUGCACAUAGCACACUCGGCCAUGUAAAGAUUAUUUUUUAUGUAGUUAAACAUGUUUUUCAAUGUGCUAAUCCUAAAUAUUUAGAAAUUUUGAAAUCUCCAGAAGCCUCUACUUUUUUUAAAAAACACAAAAUGUAUGUACUACAUGGCACUUUUGACAUCCAUUUAAAUUUUUUUCCAUAAUGUGCGUAUUGUCCAAAUGUGCAGAACCCACCAUUAAAGGAACACUAUAGUCACCUAAAUUACUUUAGCUAAAUAAAGCAGUUUUAGUGUAUAGAUCAGGGGUAGGCAACCUACGGCACUCAAGGCUGCUAGAGCCAAACAGGCUCUGGCCUAUAAGGAGUCCCAGUGAAACUUCAGAUAUCUGCUAAUACGAAAAGGUGGUGAAGGACAAUCCUCAAUUUAUCUCAGAUCACUUCCUCCCAGCACUUGUGAAUGGGAAUUCACACUUUAGUAGAGCAGCCUGCAGCUGCUGUGGCACUUCCUGUACCUGGCCAGUCUGGAACCCAGGGAAGCCACCCAAACUGCUAGAUAUACACAGAAAUGCACAAUAACCCUCCCCUCAUACAAAUAAUACGAACAGCCCACAAACAAACAUACAUACAAUCUGCACAAACGUAACCCGCUAACAAUCCACAUACAUGCGCACAACCCAACAUGCAUUCUCUCACAUGCAAUACCCCAAACAGCCCCCACACAUACACACACUACCAAACACACAAUGUGACAUAUCCAUCCACACACAAGUCCACAAGCAGCCCCCAUACACAGCCCACAUUCAAAUGUAUCAUACACGAUACCACAAUCUACUCCUGAACAUAUACAAUAUAAUGGCUCAUAUACGCACAAAUACAACGAUACAAAGCAAUUACAGUAUAAAUACAACAAACAGAAUACGGCAACAUACACACCUCAAUUUAAAAAAAUAGGACCGGCACGCUACGGGACAUCACAAUCCUAUAUUGGCACAGUGCUGCUAAAAGGUUGCCUACCCCUGGUAUAGAUCAUUCCCCUGCAAUUUCACUGCUCAAUUCUCUGUCAUUUAGGAGUUAAAUCACUUUGUUUCUGUUUAUGCAGCCCUAGCCACACCCUCCCCUGGCUAUGAUUGACAGAGCCUGCAUGAAUAAAAAAAACUGGUUUCACUUUCAAACAGAUGUAAUUUAUCUUAAAUAAUUGUAUCUCAAUCUCUAAAUUGAAUUAUUAUUUAUGGAAGGCUGUGCAAGUCACAUGCAGGGAGGUGUGACUAGGGUUCAUAAACAAAGCGAUUUAACUCCUAAAUGGCAGAGGAUUGAGCAGUGAGGCUGCAGGGGCAUGUUCUAUACACCAAAACUGCUUCAUUAAGCUAAAGUUGUUCAGGUGACUAUAGUGUCCCUAAAAUUCUCAUUUGUCAAUGCCUGUAUUUAGCAAAGAAUCUAAAUAUAUACAGUAAAUGAUGUGUGCAUGUGGCCACUAAAUUGUUUUUGUUUGGAAAAAAUAAAAAUCUUAUGUUUUAAUAAAAUAUUUCAGAAAACCUUUUUUUCCAUGUCUGUGACCCUGUCUAUAACCUGUAAGUUUGAUUUGAUAUGUUUUUGUAUAAUUACAUAUUCUCUGAAUACUCUGUUGCAUUUAAUUGAUGUUACAAAAGGUAUAAUCACAACACUAAAGAUCUUGAGAUCUUGCAAGUGCGCGGACCACAUGAAGAAAUUCUAUGAUGUUUAGCUGCUGGGGUUAGUGGUAUUUUUUUUAUUAGUGUUUAUUGAAGUAUAUGUGAGCAUAUAAAGAUAUUGCGAGCAAAACACAAGGCAAAAAGUGAAUAGCCAUAACAAGUAUUACACAAGAUUUUGGUACUUCAUUUUAACUUGGAUACGUAAACUGUACUAAUGGGACACAACAAAACAAAGUGCCAAAAAAUAGAUGCUCUGCUUGCAAUUACAGAAAUUAAAUAGAAAACGCAGGAAAGCCGCAUAAGUAUAGGUGCACAAGUGGUUGAAAAUGGGUGCAAAAAUAUUAACUCAAACAAAAAAGGGGCUAGCAGACCGCAGAUAGAAAUCAAACCAAUGCUCAAGGUAGGUAGGGUAAUAUCUGUCUUGUGAAGAUUGCCAAAGGAAGUCUUGUGGGUGGGCACAGAAAAUACACCAUACCAGUCCAGGUGCUCUAAAAGAGCUAAUACCAUAUCUCCUCAGACCCAGGUACACGUACGCAAGGAUUUAUGGCCUUGUCAUCUUACAUCAUGCACAAUCCAUCACCUUGGUUAGCAUGCAACUUUCACUGUUGGGGGGGAGGGGGGAGCACAGUAAGUCAUAUUCCAAAGGUCUGGUGCACUAUAGUGAUAGGGAGCGUGUGUCUUCUUCGCUUGGUCUCCAGGCAAAGUCUCAAUCUCAACUGCAGUUUCUGAGGUAAUGGGCCUAACCCAGACUGGUAAAUUGCAAAACAGUAUAUCGGAGGUGUAAUAGUACUGUGCGUCUGCCCGGCUUAGAGGUCAGGCCCCUGCCACCCUGGUUUUAUAUGAGUGAUAAAGAAUUAAUCAUUUCCACUUAGAUCUGCAGCAGGACUGCAAUAGACAUCUGAAUAAAUAAGUAGCUAAGUAGCCUUAUGUUGGCCAGAAUUUUACUUAUGUAUCUACUGGCAAAUGUGUGACUCUGGUGUGUUUACCAUUUUUUUUUUCAGCUAUGUACAAGAAAAGUGUUUUUUUAUUAUUUUAUUAUUGGGAGCAUGAUGUAUGGAAAUAGGCAGAGCACAAGGCAUAUGUCACCUCACACCAUUUUCAUAUAAUUUCCUUUCAAUACACAAUGAAAGGGCUGAUAUUUCUUUUUCUUCAAUGAGUUAUAUGUAAAAACAGUAUAUGAGUAUACAAAAGGAUCUUUCAGCCAUAUAUACGUGCACCUUGGGACAGACAGGAUCUGAAUUUCAGUUGAGUCUGAUGCAGGGAAGACCAUAGCGACUCUAUAGAGGUUUUUAACCCCUUAAGGACGUGGGUCUUCAUGCUGGGGAAGCACGUAAUGUUGCAUGACACUCUGUCCGUUAUGCGCUAAACUUAACCCGUGAUUGCGGGGUUAAUGAUGUUGGGUGCCUACAAGUCAGUGGCAGACCAGCAACAUCAAACCGCCAUGUCCCAGCCCACAUGAUCGCAGUGACAGCCAGUCACAGCGGGCAAAAUGCUGCUGACAUAUCAGAUCCGCCUCCCUCCACCUCUGUAGGGUUUGUGAAGUAGAGAGAGACGGAUCGUUGCUACUUUGUGUCCCUGAAGAGAAUAAAUUCUGUCACAAGAGAUUCCAAAUCCUCAUUACUCUGUUCGUUAAAACAAUUAACUCUUUCCCUGCUGAUUGAUCACGGCCAGCAGUGAUUGAAGUACAGAUCACAGUAUGUUACUGUGAUCGUUUUGUUUUUUUACGCUCAGGGGUUAAAUUUUAUUUUUUUAGUAACCCUAAAUUUUAGUAUUUUAUUUUAUCAAUUUCUGAUUUAGUUAGUUGGGGUGGGUGGAAUUUAGUGGGAAUUGGGGAAUCUAUUUUGUGAUAAGCUAGUUAGGGGUGAAAAGUAAAAAGAAAUUUAAGUAUAGUUAUUUAGUUAUAGUUAACGUUUAUUACCAUAGUACACAAUGUUUAGGAAGUAUAGCGCAGUUAAGGCUUGUGCCCCAUUUGCAAUACUCCCCCAUUUUUCUCCAGACAAAGUAGGCCCAGAUAUGAAGACAUACUGUGAUUUAUGCACUUUAGUGACAAUACAAAAUGCCCCCCAAAAGGUCAUCCGCAGUAUGAUCUAUAUAAUAUACGCCCUCCAAUUGUCCACUUUAACGAAAAAUUUGCCACUAUUUAUACUCCCCAAAAAAAUUUCUAUUGACGAAUCCCUCAUGAAGCAUAAGGGAAGACUGGGGUUUAACCCCUCAAGGACCAAGCUUCUGGAAUUAAAGGGAAUCAUGGCAUGUCAUGUGUCCUUAAGGGGUUAAACAGUACAUCCCAUCCAGAGAUCCCAAUAUGGGAUCAAAUUUGAUAAAUUGUGUGAAAGUGGCACUGGCUGUGUGUACACCUUCUGUGUAUACGAAGGAAGGGGUAGCCACCUUAACCCCCCAGGUUGCCCAGAUACAGUAGGGACAAGUGGGAAAAUUGUCUGGGACUUAAUCAUGCCUUUACUAAACAAGGGAUAUCACUUGUAUAUUGAUAAUAUUUACAAUAGUAUCCCACUUCUAAAAAUGUUGUACUGCUUUCAGGCCGUGGCCAGUGGCACUAUCCGGAAGAGUCGCACAGAUUUCCCAAAGGCUCUAGUAGAAAAAAAUAAAUAAAAAGGAGGAAAAACAGCAGCUCUCGGCCAGGAUGAACUGCUGACACUAAAGUACCGCGUUAAAAAGGUGUUCAUCCUAACCACCAUCCAUGGUGAACACACUUGCAAGGUCGCAGUUUGUGGCAGAGAGGAAAUUAAACGUAAAAAGUGUUAAAAUAACCUUGGGUAAACAUACCAAAUUCAAAAAUCGCUCCACAUUAAAAGUUUGUUACUCCUUGUGUUUUGUGACCUGUAACUAGCAACAAAAAAAAAACUUAAAAUCCUAAACAAAUUAUAUAUAUAUGUAUAUUCUGUAAAUCAGAAAAACUAAAAUAAUUUAUUGUUAAUUAUUUUCCUUCACCUGAACUAAUUAUGCACAGAUUACUAUUGCAAAAACUUAAAAUCCUAAACAAAUUAUAUAUAUAUAUAUAUAUAUAUAUUCUGUAAAUCAGAAAAACUAAAAUAAUUUAUUUUUAAUUAUUUUCCUUCACCUGAACUAAUUAUGCACAGAUUACUAUUGCAAAAACUUUUUUUUUUGCUUUUUUUUAUUUAUAUAUAUAUAUAUAUAUAUAUAUAUAUAUAUAUAUAUAAAGCAUUUUUAUAUGUGUAUGUUACAUCAAAUUAAAGCCCUUUUGGUCCUUUAAAAAAACAAACAAAAAAAAACGGUAUAUAAUAAGUGUUGGUGCAAUAAAUUAGUAAAAUGCAAACUGCAGUUUAACGCAAACAGCCCAAAAAAAUGCAAAAAUUGCUUGUGUCCUUAAGUGCAAGACAAGCUUUUGAAGCUGUGUCCUUAAGGGGUUAAAGACUGUCUGACCCAAGUUGUGUAUAUAUAAGGCUGAAGGAUCUCGUCAUAUACUAAAGGUAGGGGCGUUUUAUUUAUUUUUUACAUAUAUGUGAUUUUCAUAUGUCAUUAUAGUAAAUAGCUUUGAGAUGACAGUUGAUCUUUAACCCCUUAAGGACCAAACUUCUGGAAUAAAAGGGAAUCAUGACAUGUCACACAUGUUGUGUCCUUAAGGGGUUAAACUAAGUUCUAUUUCACUUGCUAUACAAAGUUCCAUUUCAGUUGCUAAGCUUACUUAGACACAAUAUAUCCGUCAAAUCGCACAGAACGCCAACUGCAGACAUCCAUGGACAGAGGAUAAAAUGGCUGCGCACAGAUGUUGAGAUUUGUUGCAAUAGGGAAUAGAUAAUGAUGACUUAAAGGUAGGCAGACAAUGUAAUAGAGCAGCAGGAAAUGCUAGCAGAAUGCUUGGUUGUAUGGGGAGAGGUAUUAGCAGUAGAAAGAGGGAAGUGCUCAUGCCAUUGUACAGAACACUGGUGAGACAUCAUUUGGAGUAUUGUACACAGUACUGGAGACCGUAUCUUCAGAAGGAUAUUGAUACCUUAGAGAGGGUUCAGAGAAGGGCUACUAAACUGGUUCAUGGAUUGCAGGAUAAAAUUUACCAGGAAAGGUUAAAGGAUCUUAACAUGUAUAGCUUGGAGGAAAGUCGAGACAGGGGGGAUAUGAUAGAAACCUUUAAAUACAUAAAGGGAAUCAACACAGUAAAGGAGGAGACUAUAUUUAAAAGAAGAAAAACUACCACAACAAGAGGACAUAGUCUUAAAUUAGAGGGACAAAGGUUUAAAAAUAAUAUCAGGAAGUAUUACUUUACUGAGAGGGUAGUGGAUGCAUGGAAUAGCCUUCCAGCUGAAGUGGUAGAGGUUAACACAGUAAAGGAGUUUAAGCAUGCGUGGGAUAGGCAUAAGGCUAUCCUAACUAUAAGAUAAGGCCAGGGACUAAUGAAAGUAUUUAGAAAAUUGGGCAGACUAGAUGGGCCGAAUGGUUCUUAUCUGCCGUCACAUUCUAUGUUUCUAUAAUAUAAAUAAAAGCAAAGGUUAUAUAAUCGUAAACACGGCACUGUCAUGCCAAACUACCUUUCUCUUUUUGAUCUAGUUUACUUUAAAACAUAAGACAAAGUAGGGACUUCAAUGAACUGCACUGGUCUGGAUACCUAUAGUGUCCCUUUAAAUACUCAAUGACGCUAUCUUUUAAUUCCCUGCUCUGUCGCCUCCACAUAGUGCACAUUACAUAAAGUGAUGGUAAUCAAAUAUACUACAUGUCUUGAAUUGCAGUUGAUUUGUGCAUGUAUUGGAAAAUGUUAACCAGUUACUUUUGAAACAAAACACAGACCUCUUAAUGCAAACUUGCAAUAUUUACAAGGGUGAGAACCACAUUUACAAAAACCCUUUAAGUCUUACCCAGCACAAUUUCCCAUUCUACUCUUUACAUCUCUACUAAAAAAAGAAAAAUCAGGAUUAUUCACUAAAAUGCGAAUUCAAGGUGAAUCUAUUUUGACUUUAAAUUUGAAGUUCACCUUGAAUUCUCACUGUAAUGAAUAACUCCUGCAAGUGAGAUCAUUCGGCUCUUUCACAUUUCGUGAGUAUGCACUCACUGCAGGGAGAACAAAUACCGUUCACUCCACAAAGCCAAGAAAUAACCUCUUAGUAAAUACAUUUUCAUAGAGCCAUUUGCUUUAACAUUUUAUUAAUUUGAAAACAUAGCAUGCAGACAACUUUGAAUACCAUUCUGCCAAAUGCAUGCAUUGUAAUUAACCAUUUUUUUUUUCCUUCACUGCAUUUUUCUUUUCUAAAGGGGGUGGAUCACAGUGCCCAGUCAUGAAUACAUAACCUGGGCACAGAGUUGGCCGAAUCCCCUGCUUCAGAUAUGUAAGUAGGCCUCAGGGCAGUCUAGCCCAGGCAGUGCCCACCAGGAACUAUCAGAAAAAGGGUCAAAUCCUUGGCAGAGUGUUACAUUGGUUAAAACUUGGUUAUCGCCAAUUACAAAGCAUUUUAGGUGAGUCUUAAGCUUAUUUAGAGUAUUUCUGUGUUGAGCUCCUGCCAUGUGCAGCCAUUUUGGUUGUCUGCCAGGCCCCUCCCCUGUUCACUGUACAUUCAUAUCACAUUUUUAUACACGCGUAAUAUGACAAUUUAAUAUUGUACUAAGACAAUUGAUCAACUAAGAAAUUCCAACAGUUUAGAGCGUAUUCCACAAUAAACAUAACUACUCAAUAUUAAGAGUUGAUGAUAUGUAGCUAAAUCCCUAUAUUCACAUAUUGGCCACAUUUUACAUCGGAAAGCAAUGUAUCAAUAUAGAAAAUUAAUAACUUGUGAUCUACUUGCAAAACAUCUAAUAUUCCCAAACAUUAUCUGGACCAAAUAAUAACUGCUUUUAUUCGGUACUGCUUAGAAUGUACUUGCUAAGCUUAGCAAUCUGCUAUAGAUCGCUCCUAAUUAGUCCAACAUAUAAUUAAAAAAAAAACUUUAAGAAAUAGCUAUCUAUUAGUAUAACAAACUCAUUAAAAUCCUACAUCUCAUAUUAUUACCGACCAAGAGAUGAUCCAUCGAAUAUUGUAUAUGUUGCAGAGCUUAGGCUAUGUAGAAGUGCCCCUUCUAUAAAUUUAUUUUAUUCUGAUUUUCUCUCAUAGUUAGAGCUCAAGUAAAUGGUAUUUGUGUUUAGUUUUUAUUGUAAAAACAAAACUUAAUUAAACCCCUUGUGUAUACUUAAUUAUUAAACAUUAUCAAUACCUAAGAACUAGUUGUUGAUAAUAUUUUGUACAAGUAUCUGUCAUGCCAAAAGCAUGAGUUGGUGUUUGAUGUGUGUUUAUAUAUGUUAAGAGUUGUUUUUUUGUAAACCUUGGGAUGACAUUUAUUGUGGUCUUUGAUCUUGCACCAGGCCCAGACCAUAAAACAUCUAGAUAGCCAUCACCAGAGCUGGACACAAGGAAUUGCAUAGAGUGUGUAAUAAACUGCCAGACCAACCCCCUCUGAUUUCCCCCCCACCUCCUCUCAGGGGUCUGCCCACCGAGAAACAACUAGUUUGGGUAUAUUAAUGAGGGUGCUGGACUAUCCAGGGAAUUGUUCAUUUUUUUUUCUUUUGCCAGUAACUUCUAGGAGACCUAUACCAUCUAACACUCCCACAAGAAUUCUAUAUGGGGGUAAAUACAUGUAAGGAAUUUCUUGUGUUUUCCACUAUUUUAUUUUAUGUACUGUUUUGCAAUUUGUUAUGUGUAUGUAAUUUAUUUCUGUAUUUUGUACUCAGCACUGUGAAUAUUUUUUGUCAGAUUAAAUGUUUACUUAAUCAGCUUGUGUCUCUGUUCUCUAUGAGCUUCACUCUCCAGAGGAAAGCUCAGGUAAACAUAUUACCAAAAAGGGUUAACUAUAUGUGUUCGAUCAGUAAAAGUAGAACUGUGAUUCUAUAAUUCUCCUGUGUGUGGGGUAACCUAAGACGUCCGGGUUUAAAGUCUUCGUGGUGGCAGUGAAGUGUGUACUAGGGGGUUAGUGUAGAAGGGAUUGCAGGGGCUAAUUGAGUGGUUGAUGGGACUAGCAACAAGUAACCAGGGGUCUGGUGUCAUUAACCCUGUCACUUCCACACUCUCCCCACUGUCUCGGCUGGGCCUAUAGCCCACGCUCGUGACAGUAUCUUUAAUCAAAAUAUUCUAUAUAAUAAUUAUACAUACAUUCUCUACCAAUUCCACUAAACAGCUAUAGGGACCAAAAAUCAAUAAAAGCAAAAAACAAGCUUACAGAUACUACAAAAGUGCCCUAUCUGGUAACAGGAACGUAACAGUCCUGGUUCUCCUAUCCAGAGGACUUGGCUUUGUGAUUGAAGCCGCGCUUCUAAGCCUUCGUUCUAUUAAAAUAUUACAUUAUGGUGGGAAUAAAUAAAGACACUAUACCAAGUUCAAUAAUAUUAAGUUGUUGUAGUGUAUAUAGUCUUUCUUUAAGAAACUGAUGCCUCGUAAAAUGAGGCAACCUGGCAGGUUUUAAUCUUACAAAGAAUCUCAUCUUUGCUAGCUUUAUUCGGUAGAAUUAUUAAUUCCUGUGUAUAUUCCUGUGUUGAAUAGUUUAAUAUUUGUAGCCUCAUCUCCUAAUACUCUGUAGGCUUCCUAUACAUACUCAUGUCUGUUUUGAAUUACAAUUUCCACUCUUUUAUCUACUUCCCUUAUUUGCAUCUGUUUGUUAAUCUGUAACUUUUUGAGGCAGAUUUUUCCUUUGUAUGUUAAAGGAACACUAUAGAGUCAGGAACAAAAACAUGUAUUCCUGACCCUAUAGUGUUAAAACCACCAUCUAGACACAUCUGACCCCCUCUUGCCUCCAUACAUUUACUAAAAUCUUACUUGUAUUCAGGUCUGCUGCUGCCUCUGCCCCUGACCUGCCAGCAUGCCUGACCUCUUCAGAAGGGAUUCUGUUAGGCAAUUACAAUGCUUUCACUUAGUAUUGGCUGAGACUGUCAAGGAGGCAGAUAAAGGGCAGAGCCAGCACAAGUCAAACACAGCCAUGACCAAUCAUCAUCUCCUCAUAGAGAUCCAUUGAAUCAAUGCAUCUCUAUGAGGAAAGUUCAGUGUCUCCAUGCAGAGUGGCCAGUGGAGGUAUCCCUAGGCUGUAAUGUAAACACUGCAUUUUCUCUGAAAAGAGUGUUUACUGCAAAAAACCCCAGACAGAAAUGGGAUACGGCUGUACAAUCUAUAGAGGGAACAUAUAAAGGAAAAAAAACAAUAGUGUAAUACAGUAAAUACAGUGAAUAGUGCGCUUAAAUGGAUGCACUCACAAGAUGAUGAAGAUGAAAAAGCAUUCAUAGGGUGCCUCCCCAGAUAGCAUAGGGGGCUAGUGGUUUCCCCUAUCCGAUGUAAAGCGACCAAUGGAACACGGGACUCCAGGUGAGUAAUAGUAGAAAAGCAAUACUUUUAUUUUCUUAAAAGGUGAACAAGCACCAUAAGAAUAAAGGUUUAAAAGUGCAGCAAUAGGUCCAACGCGUUUCGUUCAAGACUAGAACUUCAUCAGGGACCGCACAGUAAAAAAAUCACAGACAAUAUCAUAGAUUGUAAAAUAACAUCCUACUUUCCCCUUAACAGAAUCUCUAUAUAUAGGGCUAGUCCCAAAGUCCCAUUGGUCCAUAGUGUAGGAGUAUCCAGUAGCCAGCCAAUCAUCUAUCCAGGGGUAUUGUCCUCCAGCUGAUAGUGUUUGGGUAGUUUAAAAAGGGCGCGUUCAAUGUGAAAGCCGAAACCGGAAGUGGAUGUCUGCCUUCACUUCCGCGUUCCAUUUGCGUUCCAUAUGCGUUCCAAACACGCUCCAAAUGCGUUCCAAAUACAUUCACUGCUCUUUUUCAACUAGAACAGCGAGGAGUCAUCAAUAUAAGUGAUCAUCAAAAGGACAAAGCCCAAAAAUGUUAAAUGCAUUAAAUGUAAUUAAUCUCUAGAAGAAGAAAAGUGAAUUAAUGCAUGUAAUAUACAACAACCAUGUUAAGAUAGUUCAUAUGGAACUUCCCCACAUAUUAUAUAUAUGACAAUAUCAUACACCAUUAAAUAGUGCCAUGUAUGUCUAUUUAAAGUGACAAACAUCUCAUUAUUCAAAAAAUAAGAACACAAAUAAUAUAUUCCUAAAAAAAGUUCCCUCAAUAUCAAUAAUAAUAAUUUUAAACCAUAUAACCUGCAAGGUACACCUAACUAUAUAAUAUAAAGUUUUUUUUUUAUUUUUUUUUAUUAUUUUUUUAUUAUAUAAAUUAUGAAUUGUAUUGAUUAAAGACACUUCUUUUUCCCUAUAUUUAGACUGCCAGAGCUCCUCAUAUUCCCAAAGAUACUUAUGGAAUAAUUUACAUAGAGGAGAAGAAUAACCAAAAAAUCAAUCCAAGAAACACACCAGAUCGAUCCCAAUAUUCAGGCCCCUAGGUUCAAGGGUCUUUAGUUUGUGUAUCCAAAAGGUUUCCCUUUGGGAUAACUUUUUGAUCCUAUCACCUCCCCGCCAGUAGGGAAGGACAUGUUCGAUACCCAUACACUUAAAAUCUCUAAAGGAGAAGGAAGGACAAUUACUGCAAUGGGCAGAGACUGAAUGAGUAACCAGUCCUUUGCGUAUAUUAUUUAGGUGUUCCAAGAUCCUGACCUUCAGGAUACGUUUCGUGCGUCCCACAUACUGUUUGCCACACGGACACUGCAGUAAGUAUACUACAUAGUCCGUGUGGCAACCUAUUAAUGAUUUAAUCUUGAAAGCCUCCCCCGUGAUAUGACUAAUAAAUUCCUUAGUUCUCCCCAUAGAGGCGGUGGUACAUGCUUUGCACACAUUACAUCCCCUAAAACAACCCGAUUCAGGGGAUACAUUAGAACUAUUCAUUUUAAUAGCAUAGCUAGGGGCUAGCAUAUUUUUAAAGUUCUUAUUUUUCUUAAAUAUCACCAUCGGGCGUUCAGACAAAGAAUUACCCAAAAUGGGAUCCUGUUGUAAUAUGGGCCAAAAAUCACUUAGGCUCCUUUUGAUCUUAAAAUGAUCCGUAUUGUAUUGGGUGACAAAGGCUGAUUUAAAAUUCUUAUUCCCAACAGUAUUAGGAGGUUUAUCCUCCAGGAGUUUGUUCCGUUCAAGGAGACCAAUUGAUCGAAUUUCUUUUUCUAACGUAUUCUUAUUAUAGCCCCUUGCACAUAAUUUAUUUUUUAUAUGGGAAGAUUGAAUCUGGAAGUCUUGAGGGCGAGAACAAUUGCGUCUCAAUCUGGUAAAUUGGCUCCGUGCUAUGCCCCUAAGCCAAGGCUUAUGGUGACAGCUUUGUUGAUGUACAAAGCCAUUCCCAUCUGUUGGUUUAAAAAAACAUUUAGUUUGAAUUUGACCCUGAUCACAAAAAAUAUCAAGAUCCAAAAAAUGGAUCUCAUGUUUAUUCCACUCGGGGGUGAAGACAAGAUUGUAUAGGUUGGAAUUUAAAUAUUGAACAUAAUCAGAAAAACUAUUGGAGGACUCCUUCCAAAUGAUGAUCACGUCAUCGAUAUAGCGCCGCAAGAGCACCAAGUUCUCCCUCCAGUCAUGCCGCGGCCACACGAAUAAUUCCUCCCAUCUACGCAUGUAGGUGUUGGCAUAACUGGGGGCGAACCUGGUGCCCAUGGCGGUCCCUGUGAUCUGUAGAUAAUACUGAUCAUUAAAAAAGAAAAAAUUAUGUUCCAAAAUAAAUUUUACUGAGGUCAAUAUAAAUUCCUUUUGACCUUGAGAUAGGUCCUGAUCUUGGGACAUAUAGUAAUCAAGAGACUCCAAUCCUAAACAAUGACUAAUUACCGUAUACAGAGAGGUCACGUCUAGCGUGGCCCAACUGUAUUCAGGGUCCCACUCAAUGCUGUCCAGUUCUUCUAUGAUAUUGUCUGUGAUUUUUUUACUGUGCGGUCCCUGAUGAAGUUCUAGUCUUGAACGAAACGCGUUGGACCUAUUGCUGCACUUUUAAACCUUUAUUCUUAUGGUGCUUGUUCACCUUUUAAGAAAAUAAAAGUAUUGCUUUUCUACUAUUACUCACCUGGAGUCCCGUGUUCCAUUGGUCGCUUUACAUCGGAUAGGGGAAACCACUAGCCCCCUAUGCUAUCUGGGGAGGCACCCUAUGAAUGCUUUUUCAUCUUCAUCAUCUUGUGAGUGCAUCCAUUUAAGCGCACUAUUCACUGUAUUUACUGUAUUACACUAUUGUGUUUUUUCCUUUAUAUGUUCCCUCUAUAGAUUGUACAGCCGUAUCCCAUUUCUGUCUGGGGUUCUAUGCAUAUGUUAAGAUCGUUUGUUGUGGAUAACGAUCCCGGGAGGCUGCAUAUUGAUUGAAGUUAAGUAAUUUAUUUAAUUAGAACACUUAUCUAUAGGUGUUCGUUUGUUUGUUUUCUGUUUUUUAUCCACUAUUUCUUUGGGUGCACAUAUUUGCUAUUGAUUGUAUUGAUUAUGGCUACAAAUGUGAGCUUUUUGUCCAACUUACAGAAUAGCCGUAGGAGAAGGUUUGAGGCUAUGUUUCAAGAGUGGGACAAGCCACAACCUCUUAAAGGGCUAGAUGAGUUUUUUAAGAAAAAAGAGAGGUUAUUAACUGCUGAAACAAAAAAAUGGUGGGAGAUAGCCUAUUUGGAAAAUUAUCUCAAGGAAGGCUUAAUCCCACGUGGUCUCAGAAUAGAUAAAACACCGGCAUUCGGAUUGGAGGAUGAUCUCUUCUUACAAGAAUGGGAUGAAAUCCUUACUAAUUGCUCUUUUCAGCUAAUACAACUUAUAAUUAGACACUCUAAAGAAUCACAGAGUAAAUUGGAAGCUGAAUUAAUCGAACUUGACUCCAAUCCUCCCAUUAAUACAGAGGGAAGGGAUUUUAAGGAGAGGGAUGAAAUUCUACAAACAAAUAUUAAAAAAACUUGAUGAGAAUAUUGCUGAAACAAAGAAUCGGAAGUAUAGCAGGGAUAAAGAGGACAAAUUAACUAAUAGUUUUUCCACUCUUAAUAAAUUAAUAAGAAAAAAAUCUCGCUAUGUUCCUUUUAAGAAAAUGAUUCCAAGAACACCGAAUAGAACAAGGAGUAACUCAAGAUCUAGAAUUAACUAUAGGGCUAAUUUUGCACCUAAGGAUGGUAGAUCUACUUACCACCCUAGAACUUGGAAUAGACAGAGACCCACCCCCCCUAAAAGACCUACGCCAGAGAGGGAGGGGAAUGUAAGAUCCCGUACUCAGACCACAUAUAAUCAAACGGAUACGUUUAGGGCUCCUACACAAUUCAAUGAACAGGAGAUAAACUUUCAAGGGAGACACAGGGGCCCGAAAGAAAAAUUCAUUACCAACUAUUUUCGUCCGAGAACCGAUACUUGGGAACAUCCCAACAGGUUCACCCCUUUAUACCAAGAUUCACCACACAAGAGGGUGAGAACAGAGGACUAGAUCAGAGUCUUAGUCCUGCCACCCUUACCAAUGAGGAGGAAAGGAGUAAAGGUAUUUUUAAUUUAACUGGAAUUCCACUUACAUCUGAGGAGAUAGACCUACUCUCGAAAGGGAUGAAAUUUGCCCCUAAUAAAAAGGUGAAUGACUUUGACCUUUAUAUAGAUCUUAAAAAGUUUAUACGCUCUCUAACCAUAAAAAGACAUUUCCUCCUACAUCCAUCUACCACUGAGAGGGAAAUAGAUACUGUAUCUGAAAGGGAAGACUAUAGGUUUCAACCUAAAUCUAAUUUUUUUCCGGUUCAAAGUAAGGGCCCCUUCUUAGAAACUUUUGAACAUAUGGUUGAUCAGGCUUUCCAAUCUAUUGCUAAAAAGAGAAAAAGUGGAUCAUGCCCCUUUAAUCUAACAAAAAGGGAAGAAGCGACUUUAAAACAUCUUAUGGAAAGAGAGGACCUGGUGAUCAGGGAGGCUGAUAAGGGAGGAGGUAUUGUGUUGAUGACUAUGUCUUAUUAUUUGAAGGAAUCCCUUAAUAUUUUAGGGGAUAAAAAAAAACUUAUAUUACUCUGCAGAAUAACCCUAUGCCAUUGUAUAAUUUAGAACUAAAAGAAAUUUUGACUACGGCUAGAGACAAUGGAAUCAUAUCUUUAAAAAACUUUGAUUUCUUAUUUCAAAAAAGUCCAGUGAUUCCGAUUUUUUAUUUCCUCCCAAAAACUCAUAAACGCCUCCCUGAUCCACCAGGUCGCCCUAUUAUCAGUGGAGUUAACUCGCUCACUGCUAAUCUGUCCGCGUAUGUGGACUCUUUCCUUCAAAAGUACGCCCAAGGGGCGCCCUCCUUUAUACGGGAUACCAAGUCUUUUUUACAAGAACUGGACAGCAUUGAGUGGGACCCUGAAUACAGUUGGGCCACGCUAGACGUGACCUCUCUGUAUACGGUAAUUAGUCAUUGUUUAGGAUUGGAGUCUCUUGAUUACUAUAUGUCCCAAGAUCAGGACCUAUCUCAAGGUCAAAAGGAAUUUAUAUUGACCUCAGUAAAAUUUAUUUUGGAACAUAAUUUUUUCUUUUUUAAUGAUCAGUAUUAUCUACAGAUCACAGGGACCGCCAUGGGCACCAGGUUCGCCCCCAGUUAUGCCAACACCUACAUGCGUAGAUGGGAGGAAUUAUUCGUGUGGUCGCGGCAUGACUGGAGGGAGAACUUGGUGCUCUGGCGGCGCUAUAUCGAUGACGUGAUCAUCAUUUGGAAGGGGUCCUCCAAUAGUUUUUCUGAUUAUGUUCAAUAUUUAAAUUCCAACCUAUACAAUCUUGUCUUCACCCCCGAGUGGAAUAAACAUGAGAUCCAUUUUUUGGAUCUUGAUAUUUUUUGUGAUCAGGGUCAAAUUCAAACUAAAUGUUUUUUUAAACCAACAGAUGGGAAUGGCUUUGUACAUCAACAAAGCUGUCACCAUAAGCCUUGGCUUAGGGGCAUAGCACGGAGCCAAUUUACCAGAUUGAGACGCAAUUGUUCUCGCCCUCAAGACUUCCAGAUUCAAUCUUCCCAUAUAAAAAAUAAAUUAUGUGCAAGGGGCUAUAAUAAGAAUACGUUAGAAAAAGAAAUUCGAUCAAUUGGUCUCCUUGAACGGAACAAACUCCUGGAGGAUAAACCUCCUAAUACUGUUGGGAAUAAGAAUUUUAAAUCAGCCUUUGUCACCCAAUACAAUACGGAUCAUUUUAAGAUCAAAAGGAGCCUAAGUGAUUUUUGGCCCAUAUUACAACAGGAUCCCAUUUUGGGUAAUUCUUUGUCUGAACGCCCGAUGGUGAUAUUUAAGAAAAAUAAGAACUUUAAAAAUAUGCUAGCCCCUAGCUAUGCUAUUAAAAUGAAUAGUUCUAAUGUAUCCCCUGAAUCGGGUUGUUUUAGGGGAUGUAAUGUGUGCAAAGCAUGUACCACCGCCUCUAUGGGGAGAACUAAGGAAUUUAUUAGUCAUAUCACGGGGGAGGCUUUCAAGAUUAAAUCAUUAAUAGGUUGCCACACGGACUAUGUAGUAUACUUACUGCAGUGUCCGUGUGGCAAACAGUAUGUGGGACGCACGAAACGUAUCCUGAAGGUCAGGAUCUUGGAACACCUAAAUAAUAUACGCAAAGGACUGGUUACUCAUUCAGUCUCUGCCCAUUGCAGUAAUUGUCCUUCCUUCUCCUUUAGAGAUUUUAAGUGUAUGGGUAUCGAACAUGUCCUUCCCUACUGGCGGGGAGGUGAUAGGAUCAAAAAGUUAUCCCAAAGGGAAACCUUUUGGAUACACAAACUAA